AUGGCCGGCCACGCGGUCAUCAGCCUCCUCACGGCGUUGUGCCUGUUCUCAAGCGCGUCGGCAUUCCCAUUUUUGAAGCGGCAGUCGUUGUCUAUCGACGAUAUCCAGAAGCAGGCCCUCAACAAUGCGUACAAAGUCCUCGAUGGCACGCUCUCCGAUGGCAUAACACGCACGUCUACCUGCAACAAGAACACCGUACUACGCAGUGGUGACCUCGUCAAAGAAGAAAAACUCGAGUACAUCCGCGCCGUCAACUGCAUCCGCAAACAACCUAGCAAACUCCCCGCUGGCAAAUUCCCCGGUGCGAAGUCCCGCUACGAUGACUUCGUCGUUGUCCACAUGAAUAUGACGCCUUCUGUGCACUCGACUGCGAACUUUAUGCAUUGGCACAGGUACUAUAUCUGGUGUGUCCCUUCCUCUCUACCUCUCACCCUCUUGCACAUCAAUACAUCAACAUGCCAUGGUCUUGCUGAUGUUGAUGGAAACAGGGCCUACGAAACCGCCCUCAAAACCGAAUGUUCUUUCAAUGGCGCCCAGCCCUACUGGAACUGGGGCAAGUACACCGACCUGCCUCAAUCCCCCAUCUUCGACGGCGGCGAGACCUCACUGGGCGGAAACGGCGACUACGUGCAACACGCUGGCGGUCUUAUGGGGCGCCCCUUCCCAGCGGGUAAUGGUGGAGGCUGCGUGACGAAAGGACCGCUUGGAAAUCUGACAAUAUCGUUGGGACCUUUGAUGAAUACCAUGGACCCCAAACUAAACAUCAAGCCCAACCCCUCUCGCGACGGGUACGGUGAUAACACGCGCUGUCUGAGGCGCGACGUGAAUAACAACCUCGUCACGGUCUCUCUCACACCCACCGAACUCGCCUCCCACAUCACGUCUAACUCUGCUAUCGGCAAAUUCCAGGAUACCGUGCAGAACGAUCAAGGGAGUAAGAUGGCGAUUCAUAGCUCAGGGCAUUACAGUAUUUUUGGUGAUCCAGGCGGUGAUAUAUUUGUGAGCCCCGGGGAACCCGUAUUUUGGCUGCAUCAUGGGCAGUUGGACAGACAUUGGUGGAUGUGGGCGAACUAUUUGGCGGAUCAGGUCAAGGCGAGGACCAGCAUGUAUGAAGGUAAGUCACUGUCCUCUUAA